AUGGCGGUGGCGCCAGUGGCCCAGAGGAAGGGCUGCAUCCGCUCGACGCAGGGGCCGUGGACGGUGCGGCGCCGCGGCCGGGGCGGCAGGCUGACGACGUCGCUGCGGCACCCGACGCCCCGGGAGCGGGAGAACAACCGGCAGCGCGAGUGGAGGCGGCGCCAGGUCGCCGCCAGGAUCUACGCUGGCCUGCGCGCCAACGCUGGGUACGCGCUGCCGAAGCACGCCGACCAGAACGACGUGCUCCGUUCGCUCUGCGCCGAGGCCGGCUACCACGUCGACGACGACGGCAACGUCAAGCGUCACCAGGGUGUCGACGAUGGCGCGGCGGGCCCAAGCUGCAGCUCUGAUCACCAGAAGUCUCCUUCCAUCAGCGGAACGACGGAGGCGGCGACCCUCCUGCUGCUGCAGCAGCAGCAGCACCAGCGGGAGGAGGCAGUGGAAAUGUCACUUGAGCUCACUCUUUCCUUUGCCUACAUGUAG